AUGGCCGCGGGCAUGGCUGCUGCAGCAUCAGCGUCGGGAGUCAUGGGGUUGGUGACGCGGGAGGAGGCGCACAGCCUAGUAGCAGAGAUCUUCCGAGAAACUGCAGUGCUGUAUCUCAACUCGGUUUUGAGUGAAGCCUUCCCUGGCGUGCCAGAGACGAGUGGUUCCCUGGGGAAGCUCGUGCAUCUGCUUAACCAGCUUUCUCCAUCGGAUUUCGACCGCGCUAUCGUCUUCCCAUUGUUCCUCAUGGGCUGCAUGUCAGAAGACCCGGGGUGGCGCGAGGGUGUGAAGCAGCGGUUGCGGUUUUUAGAUGAUACCUUUGGGGAUAUAGCGCGUAUUCUUAAGCAGAUGGAUGACAUCUAUGAGGAGCGCAUGACGCGACAACAUGGGAGCCACCCCGUACAGUGGCAGGAGUACUUGCGCUCGCACUGGGCGGUCUCGCUGCUACUGUAG